AUGAAUAAGGAGAUAAAAGAAGAAACAAUAACUACAACAAAUAAUAAUAAUAAUGAUGAUAAAUGUUAUUUUAUAUUUGGUGGAGACUAUUUACCAAAUAGAAUCAUUUAUUUGAUUGUUCAAGAGAUUAGUAAUGAUACUGAUUUGAUAUGUCUAUUGUUGACAUGCAAACAAUUCUUUUAUAACUUUAAAAGACAUUACAACAAUAACUUUGGAUUCAAAGGUAUAGAAUUGGUCUAUCAACAAGAGAACCAAAUAUCAAGUAGCGAAAACAUUCAAUAUCGUACUCUAAAAGUAUCCAAAUCAUUGUAUCUACAAUCAUUUGCCGAUAUCUUUCACAAUACAUUCUCUCAUCAAAUUGUUAAAGGUAACAAUCAAUGCUAUAAUUAUCCUGCAACCUUUGGAUUAGAUGGCCACGAGGAGAAGGUUAUAACAAAGGCAUUGAUACAAAUUGACCCAAACCCAACUAUAGUGGAACCACCAUUACUUGUAAAUGGGUUACCAGAUACUGUUAAAUGGUUGGCUAUAAAUGGAACAAAUAAUGCUCUAACUGUGGAAGGAGGGUAUAGGUUACCUAUAUGUCUAGAGAGACUAGAGUUUAAAGGAAAAAGUGGUGUUAUUGGAAAGGGAGUGUUGCCAGAAUCAUUGGUCGAGUUGUGUUUGGUCGCUCCUCCAAUAGGGUUGGCAGAAGGUGUAGUUCCAGAGUCUGUUCGAUCAAUCACCAUUAGUAACGCUAGACAUAAUAUGGCGAUGGAUCCAUUGACCUAUAAUUGGCCAUCCCAUCUCACAAGUUUGACUAUUAUCAAUGACGCUGUUGCAGUCAUUCCAAGAGGUUUCUUGCCAAGUACACUUACGUCACUAGAGAUUACUCUUACUGCUUUGGUACCUGGAAUGGUGUUUCCUCGUAGUUUGGUCAAUUUAAAGUUGUCAGUCUGUACACAAGCCAGUCACGGUCCAUUGGAUCUGUCACUAAACACCGACUUGACAACACUCGAGUUGUCAGCACCACAGUCAUUUCCAAAAAACAUUAAGAUUGGAAAUACAGUUCGUCUCCCAUCGACCCUUACACAUCUCGGUCUACACACUAUUUUACCGAUCCCUUCAUUAUCAACGUUCAUUCCUCAAGGUCUCAGAUACCUCUCUACACAUUGGGACAAUAUCAAGGAUUCAUCAGACCAACUUCCAACAACACUCACACAACUUAAAUUAAUUCGUGUGACCAGUCCCAUACCAAUUGGGUUACUCGCUCCUUGUACACCGUCCAUUCAAUCGGUUGAACUUGGGUUCUGGGGAACUGAUACUGAUCACAAUUUAAUGGUUGGGUCGAUUCCAGAGAGCGUACAUACUCUCUCAUUAUUCAAUUAUCGUGGUACCAAUACACAAGAGUGUAUUCCACACUCUGUCAAACAUCUCAUAUGGGCAUCUACUACGACCACUGAAUUAGUUGUCUUUCCACCAACCAUCCAAACACUCCAGAGUAGUUCAACCUUUGCCACUUCAAUCCAAAUACCACCGUUUGCAAAGUCGAUCUCAUUUUCAUGUAAAUCAGACUCUCAACACAUUUUUCAUAUUGACUCUCUUCAUCUUCAUGAAAGUAAUGUCAAUCGUUUCAGUAAUAUUGGUGGUCAGAUAUUAUUGGUUCCUGAAACAGUCAAAUCAAUCCAUUUGAGAAUGCCAUCAGUAGUUGGAGUGAAUAGUCAUUUUAGAUUCGACCAAAUCAUCUAUCAAACCAAUGCAGAUGAAUUUUCGAUCGAUGCAAUCUGGCAUCCAAUUAUUCACUGUUAUAUUCGUAGAUUUGAAAACUCGGUUGACAAUGACUACUUUGACGUUUUAAUUGUUGACAAGGUAUCAUUACACGGUGGAUUCAUUCGAUUACCUAAACAACAGAAACCACUAUACUUGAAUUGGAAAGUAUUAUUCAAUUCUGUUGAUCCUCCUACCAUCAGCAGAACCAUUCUCGAAGAUGAAUAA